CAGGCGCAGCGCGGUGAGGUCAGUGCGGCGCCGCUGCCGGACCCGCUGCCCCUCGGUGCCCGUCACCCCCCCUCCCCUUCCCCCCCUUUUCCUUUUCCUCUUCCUCCCCCGCCGCUCGUUGAUUUUCCUCACCGGCCCUCAGGGACCUCACCGGGAUCAACCCCGGCGGGAGGGCGGCUCGUCCGGCCCGGUCCGGCCCCCUCCCGCUGCCGCCUGAGAUCUUUCUUUCAAUAGUAGCUUCCAAAAUGAAGGUCAGAGGGUUCAGCUGGUGAAGAAGAACCAAACCACCUCAAAAAGGGCAACUCCAAUUUCAGAUCCAGUAUCUAAAGGCAUUUGUGCCUGGAGCCACGGAAGAUAGAUGGACAAGCCAAGCAACUUCUGACUCGGCAUCAUUUUCUGGGGCAAAAUUCUAUGGCAAUGUAUCCUACAAGGGUGUCUGGUGAGGAAUGCAAUGGGAUCAAUAACAUGUCGGCGGAGAGCGGCCCUGGAACGAGACUGAGGAAUUUGCCAGUGGUGGGGGAUGGACUGGAAGCCACCCAAAUGUCUACGACACAGUCACAGGCUCAACCCCAACAGGGCAGUGCUGUAGGUGUUAAUCCCCCUCCUCCAGAGACCUCCAACCCCAACAAACCCAAGCGACAGACCAACCAACUGCAGUAUCUGCUCAAAGUGGUGCUCAAGACCCUAUGGAAGCACCAGUUUGCGUGGCCUUUCCAGCAGCCCGUCGACGCUGUCAAGCUGAACCUCCCUGAUUAUUAUAAGAUAAUUAAAACUCCGAUGGAUAUGGGAACAAUAAAGAAGCGCUUGGAGAAUAAUUACUACUGGAAUGCCCAAGAAUGUAUCCAGGAUUUUAACACGAUGUUUACAAACUGCUACAUCUACAAUAAGCCAGGGGAUGACAUAGUCUUAAUGGCAGAAGCUCUAGAAAAGCUUUUCCUGCAGAAAAUCUCCGAGAUGACCCAGGAGGAGACGGAAAUCGUCAUCGCCCAGACGAAAGGAAGAGGACGCGCACGGAAAGAAGUGACAUCCAAACCCGGCUCAUCCACGGUACCCAACGCCACCCAAGCCUCUUCCCCGGCGCAGACGCCGGCGCCGCAGCAGAACCUCCAGGGGGUGCAAACGACUCAUUCCUUCCCUUCUGUCACCCCCGACCUCAUCGUCCAGACCCCGGUGAUGACCAUGGUGCCUCCUCAACCUCCUGUGACGGCUCCCCCGGCCCCACAGGCCCCGGCGCCGCCGGCCCCGGCUCCCCAACCCAUCCAACCUCACCCUCCCGUCAUCCCCACCCCAGCCCAGCCCGUGAAGACAAAAAAAGGGGUGAAGAGGAAAGCAGACACCACAACCCCAACGACCAUCGACCCGAUUCACGACUCCUCAUCGCUCCCUGCUGAACCCAAAUCCACCAAACUGGGACCUCGGCGGGAAAGCAGCCGCCCGGUGAAGCCUCCAAAGAAGGAUGUUCCAGACUCUCAACAACACGUGGUAGAAAAGAGCAGUAAAAUAUCCGAGCAGUUAAAAUACUGCAGUGGGAUCAUCAAAGAAAUGUUUGCCAAGAAACACGCUGCCUACGCCUGGCCCUUCUACAAACCUGUGGAUGUGGAAGCACUGGGACUGCACGAUUAUUGUGAUAUCAUUAAACAUCCCAUGGAUCUGAGCACAAUCAAAUCCAAACUGGAGAACCGGGAGUACCGGGACGCUCAGGAAUUCGCGGCGGACGUGCGGUUGAUGUUCUCCAACUGCUACAAGUACAACCCCGCUGACCACGAGGUGGUGGCCAUGGCACGGAAGCUGCAGGACGUCUUCGAGAUGCGCUUCGCCAAGAUGCCGGAUGAGCCGGAAGAACCCAUGAUUCCAGCUUCUUCUCCUGUGGUGGUGCCACCUCCCACCAAGGUGGCUCCCCCCUCUUCCAGUGACAGCAGCAGUGACAGCUCCUCUGACAGUGACAGCUCCUCAGAUGACUCUGAGGAGGAGCGGGCGCAGCGUUUGGCCGAGCUCCAGGAGCAGCUUAAAGCCGUGCAUGAACAGCUUGCAGCCCUGUCCCAGCCCCAGCAGAACAAACCAAAGAAAAAAGAGAAAGACAAGAAGGAGAAGAAGAAGGAGAAGCACAAAAAGAAGGAGGAGCUGGAAGACGCCAAGAAAAUCAAAGCCAAGGAGCCACCACCCAAGAAAGCCAAGAAAAGCAACAGCAACACCAGUACCUCCAGUAGUAAGAAGGAACCUGUGAUGGUGAAGAACAGCAAACCCCCCCCAACCUACGAGUCAGAGGAGGAGGAGAAGUGCAAGCCCAUGUCCUAUGAGGAGAAGAGGCAGCUGAGCCUGGACAUUAACAAACUCCCAGGGGAGAAGCUGGGAAGGGUUGUCCACAUUAUCCAAUCCAGAGAACCUUCCCUCAAAAACUCCAACCCUGAUGAGAUUGAGAUUGACUUUGAGACACUGAAACCUUCCACCCUGAGGGAGCUGGAGAGAUACGUCACCUCCUGCCUGCGGAAGAAGAGGAAACCUCAAGUGGAGAAGGUGGAUGUCAUUGCUGGCUCCUCCAAGAUGAAGGGGUUUUCCUCCUCCGAGUCGGAGAGCACCAGCGAGUCCAGCUCCUCCGACAGCGAAGAUUCAGAAACAGCAGAAAUGGCACCGAAAUUGAAGAAAAAAGGGCAUUCGGGGCGAGAGCAAAAGAAGCAUCACCACCACCACCAUCAGCCGGUGCAGCAGCAGCCGCCGCCGCCGCAGCCUCCACAGCCACCGCAGCAGCCCCCACCUCAGCCACCACAGCCCUUGCCCCCCCAGCCCCUCCCCACCCAGCAGCCACCACCACCACCACCUCCUGUCCCCCAACAAGCUCCUCCACCAAUGAAGUCUUCUCCUCCCCCUUUUGUCCCCACGCAAGUCCCUGUCCUGGAGCACCCGUUGCCGGGGAACAUGUUCGAUACCAUGACACAUUUCACCCAACCCAUCCUGCAUCUGCCCCAGCCAGAGAUGCCACCACACCUGCCCCAACCCCCCGAGCACAGCACUCCUCCCCACCUCAACCAGCAUGCCGUGGUGUCUCCUCCAGCUUUGCACAACGCUCUGCCUCAGCAGCCCUCCAGACCCAGCAACCGAGCCGCCGCGCUGCCCCCGAAGCCUUCGCGUCCGCCGGCCGUCUCGCCGGCCAUCAGCCAGCAGCCCAUGCUUCCUCAGCCUCCUCUUCCCCAACCUCCCCAGGUCCUGCUGGAGGACGAAGAACCUCCUCCACCUCCUCCUCCUCCUCCUCACCACAACCUGCCUCUGAGCACCAGCCAGAUGCAGCUCUACCUUCAGCAGCUGCAAAAAGUGCAGCCUCAGACUCCUCUUCUCCCUUCAGUGAAGGUCCAGUCGCAGCCGCAGCCCCCGCUGCAGCCCCCGCCGGCUCACCCCGCCGUGCAGCAGCUGCAGCACCCGCCGCCACCGCGGCCCAUGCACAUGCAGCCCAUGCCCUUCCCCUCCCACAUCCCCCAGCCCCAACCCCCGCCGCAGCAGCACCCGCCCCCGCAGCCUCCCCCGCCGCCCCCGCCGCCGGCCAAGCCGCAGCAGGUCAUCCAGCACCACCCAUCGCCGCGUCACCAUAAGCCUGAUCCCUACUCGACCGGUCACUUGAGGGAAGCCCCUUCCCCUCUCAUGAUGCAUUCCCCACAGAUGCCGCAGUUCCAGGGUUUGGUCCACCAGUCGCCACCUCAACAAACUCUCCAGCCAAAAAAACAGGAGCUGAGAGCCCCCUCUGUCGUCCAAUCCCAGCCCUUGGUGGUGAAGGAGGAGAAGAUGCAUUCUCCUGUCAUCCGUAACGAGACCUUCAGCCCUCCCCUGCGGCAAGAGCCGCCCAAACACUCGGAGAGCAUCAAACCCCCCACCCACAUCCCACAGCGGACGGAGAUGAAGCCCAUGGAGGGGGGGGGACGUCCCGUGAUCCGACCCCCGGAGCAGAACCCUCCACCACCAGGUGGGCAGGAGAAGGAUCGGCAGAAACAGGAGCCCAAAACCCCAGUUGCUCCCAAAAAGGACCUGAAAAUCAAGAACAUGGGUUCCUGGGCGAGUUUGGUGCAGAAACAUCCCACCACUCCCUCCUCCACUGCCAAAUCCUCCAGCGACAGCUUCGAGCAGUUCAAGAGGGCGGCGCGGGAGAAGGAGGAGCGGGAAAAGGCCCUGAAGGCCCAGGCAGAGCAGGUGGAGAGGGAGAAGGAGCGGCUGCGGCGGGAGCAGGAGAGGAUGAGGAGCCGGGAGGACGAGGAGGCGCUGGAGCAGGCGCGUCGGGUGCACGAGGAGGUUCGGCGGCGCCAGGAGCAGCAGCAGCAGCAGCAGCAGCAGCCACCACCCCCGGUACCGGUGUCGGUGUCAGCGGCACCGGCACCCCAGGCCCAGAGCUCCCAAUCCCAGUCCUCCCAGUCCAUGCUGGACCAGCAGCGGGAGAUGGCGCGGAAACGGGAGCAGGAGCGGAGGCGCCGGGAAGCGAUGGCAGCAACAAUCGACAUGAAUUUCCAGAGUGAUUUAUUGGCGAUAUUUGAGGAAAAUCUUUUCUAGCAGCUGCAGCUCCUCCUGCCUCAACUCUUUGGA